UGCCGCGCCAUCUCAUUUGCAUGAGAAACCUCGUCGGAGAAACAACACGUGCAUGCUGCUGCCUAAUUUACGUUUAAUGUCCAUCAUCAUUUGAAUAAGACGUGAAUGUAAAAGACAAUUUCGUGUUGGUUCGUCACUUCAGUUCGCUGCUUGCUAGUUCGCUCAGUUUUGGUUCAUCAACUGGAAACUAAUUGAGGAUAAAACGAAAUGGCUUCUCAACCUGAAACUUCGACUGAAGCCGAAAUGCCUGAAACCGACCCAGUUCCCACGACCAACGACCCGGUGGACGAAAUGACCGCCUUGUGGGACUCAUUUACAACGGGCGAACUUCUAAAUAGUGACGGUGUCGCCAUGGACGACGAAAACCCCCGAGACGAUCUCCUCUUGAAGUUCGGACCCCAACCACCCACCGUCUGCUGUACAGACUGGGCCUUGGACGCAAUCGAUAUUGGUCACAACGUUAAGGAACAACACAUUCAGGGAGCCAUCGCCGAGUACGAGGAAAAAAUCAAGGCCGCCGGACAAGCCGAAGUCCCUUCGCAAGAUCUCAAUUCCAAGUACGACGACUUUCUCAAAGCGCAGGAAGAAAUGUUCAACAAUUUUUACGCCGAAAAAGGCGAGGAACGUCCCCCUCGGAUAGAACUCCCACCGGAAAUCAGCGCUGAAGGAAAAGAAAACAAAGGCGCUGCUGGGAAGAAAGGAAAAGGAAAGAAAAGGGGAAGGAAAAGCGCUGCAGCAAAGAAAGAAGAAGAGGAAAGGGCUGCCGCAAAGAAAAUUGAAGAACUCGAAAAGAAGAGACCUGGCCGACAAGCACUGAAAUCCAUCACGAUGAGGGAUGAUAAAUCCAUCGAGCUUAUCAUUGGUGGAAAGCAAUUACUCUGUCGUCCGAGUCGUGUCGUGCUGGAAAAUUUGGGGGAAGACAUGGUGAACUUGUGGACAAAGCCAAGGCCUAAACCAGAACAGAAGAAGGAGGAUGUCAAAAAACCGGAUGAUUCUGAAAGUGCAACUGCUCCAGCAGUAACUACGAUCGUGUUGGAGGAUGACGAAGUUCCCACGACAAGCGCUAAAGCGAGAGAAUUGGACGAUGCAAAAAGGGUUCCGAUUUAUUUCUUUCCUAAAAAGGGUAAAAAAGCGAUCAAGCCCGUGGAGACGGCUUCUUCUGAAGCGCCAAAAACCGUGACGACUUCUGAAGCGCCAAUAACCGUGGCGACUACUGAAGCGCCAAAAACUGUGGCGACUCCUUCUGAAGCACCAAAAACUGUGGAAAAGCGCAAGAAUGAGAAGCCUAAGAAACAAAAGGGCAAGAAACCAACGCCAGCGCCACCACCACCACCAAAACCAACACCACCACCACCACAACCUGUGUUCAAAAUCCCGGAGGUUCCCAAGCCCAAGAAACCACAGAAACCCCCCGUCGUCAAAGAGACGCCUGCAUACGUUCGACCGGUUGCUCCCCUCGGACCAACCAAGAAGAAUCCCAACGUUCCCAUUAUUCCUCCCGUCCCCAUCAGCGGGAAGAAACGUGGUCGACCUCCAAAGGUACAACCGGUGAACAAACCAAGCUUACCUGAAAGCCCACCAGCAAAGUACAGUUCUCCGCAAAAAUACAGCAUUGAAGAGGUCAUGCGAGCCAUUGCUCCACCAACAGUUCCUAAAUUCAGAAUCCCAAAGAUGACUGAUACAAAAAAAGCGGAAGAACCUGUUGAUACGGAGGAGAAGAUGACCCUGGUUUAUGAAACGCCACCUCCAUCAAUGCCAACCGUGGCGCAAACUCCGCCUCCGUCAAUGCCAACCGUGGCGCAAACUCCGCCUCCGUCAAUGCCAACCGUGGCGCAAACUCUGCCUCCGUCAAUGCCAACCGUGGCGCAAACUCCUCCUUCGUCAAUGCCGAUCUUGGGACAGCCUCCUCGUCCUCCGAUGCCGACCGUGGCGAAGGUUCAUCCACUUUCAAUUCCAAGCCUAGCGCCGACUAUUCGCCCUUCAAUGCGAUUCGUGGCGCCGACCCAUGCUCCUUCAAUGCCGAAGAUCUCUCAAACUCCACUGAUCCCCAUUGUGGCGCAAACACCACUGAUCCCAAUCGUGGCGCAGACUCCUCGUUCUCCAAUGCUGACCGUGGCGCAGACUCCAUUGAUCCCCAUCAUCUCUCAAACUCCUCUCAUCCCCAUCGUCUCUCAAACUCCUCUCAUCCCCAUCGUCUCACAAACUCCUCUCAUCCCCAUCGUCUCUCAAACUACUUUAAUCCCUAUCGUGGCGCAGACUCCACCACAAAACAAAGAAUCUCAAGCUAAAGCUCCUCCUCCUCCAAGUAGCAUUGAAACCUCGGACGAAUCAAUGAUGGAAGUCGACGAUUCUACUCCUUCCAGCCAAGUCCCUGCUGCUCCAAGCGUCCAGAUGAAGUCGCUCGACAACUCCGACGAAGAUGAAGACGUCCUUGAUUUGUUCGCCGACCUCGAUGACGAUUUUGAUUAGGGCCCAUAAAACUAAUAAGCCUCAAAUAUUCUCGGUAUCUUUUUUUUACUCCUAUUCAUUUAGAUAACUCAUCUACAUAAUUAGCAUAAUAUACUAAACAAAGGUAUCCAUAAUAAAUAAGUAGUAAUAAAUAUUAUAUAUGACUUGACAGGAAUCUUUUAGGGAGACCCAACAUUUUUAGAAAUAUAAAAUAAAAACUUGACAUUAAGCAAAA